AUGGUAACUUGGCGAGACACUCCCCGCAAUGAAGUUUGGUCGUCGUAUCGUUCAUUUUUUCAAUCCUGCGGAUACGCCCUUUGGGUCGUUAAGGGAUACAAUCUCAAGCCUCCCAACGACAACCCGCGCACUCCAGAUGGUUUCAGCUACGAAAAUGAACACAGUGCAAAUGGGCCCCAUGGAUAUGGAGCUGGGUCUCCCUUACACUUUCCAGCGCGUACCGUGGAUUCCCGCGAUGUGUUUAUUGUUCUCUUAAGUGACGGCGUUAUUGGCGACAACUGUGUCGAUGCCUUGCGCUCAAUAGCCACUGGGGUGAAUGCUGCUAUUGACAGGAACCAUACACUGCCUAUGCUCCAGGAGAUCCAUUGUGAUAAUCUUGUUUUCGGAGUGUUUCCCUUGGUCGGUAGCUAUUUUGCUCCUGCCUGGUUUUCAAAUAUUGCCCAGGUUCUCGAAGCAAUGAGCCAAGUCAUGGAGGGUGUCGCAUUUCUGCAUGAUCACCUUGUGGCACACCGCGAUCUUUUCCCCAGUAACUUCUUGUCCUCGCGUCGCAAUGGACUUUGGAUUCCGGGAAAAAGCCAAGACUUUCUACGACCCCGAUACUACAUCAUUGACUUUGAGUGGGCUGUCCGAUUCUCACCAGAUUCCGACCCGGCAACUCGCACAGUCACUGGGCCACCGCUUUCUUGGGACAUCUAUAGGCGACCCCCUCCUCCUGAGAUGCUGUCUGAGCUUCCUUACUGUCCAUUCAAAGCUGAUGUUUGGCAAGUAGGCAAAUCAUUCAUCAGGAUUCACAUCGAAAAUCAGAUCCCUGAAAUCCUCGAAAUCCUGCGAAAAAUGUCCACCGAUAGGGCUGAAGACCGGUCAUCAGCACGCGAAGCGGUGUCACAGUUAAAUGAGGUUAUUGCUAGACUACCUCCGCAAAUUCUUCAGUCUCCGAUUGAACAAGUGGAUGAUUAUUACAUGGAUGAGGGCGACUCUUUGGAGGAGGAGUAA